AUGGAUAAACAAAUCCUUAUCGUUGGAUUAACUUGUAUUGAUAUCAUCAAUUAUGCCGAAAGCUUUCCAAUUGAGGACAGUGAUUCUCGAGUAUUAGAACAGAUUUGGUCAGCUGGAGGCAAUGCUACAAAUAAUGUCAUCGUUUUAAAUCAGCUCAAUUCUCAUUCGAUACUAUUUUCAGCAAUUCCAAUCAAUUGCUCUAUUAUUACUUCAUUAUUAACCAAAGUUGGUAUUUCAUCGAAACAUUGUGUCCAUCGUUUGAAUGCUGAUUUGCCGACAUCAACAGUUAUUGUUAAUGAAAGGACCGGCUCCAGAACAAUUCUACAUUACAGGGGACAGUUGCAAGAACCGAAUUGCGACGAAUUUCAACUUGCUUUUCCAGAUAUUAGCAUUUUUCUUGGAUACAUUUUGAAGGAAGAAAUUUUGAAAAUCUUAUCACAAUGA